AAUUUCAUUUCAUUCAUUCACUCACUUUCACAACAAUCGCUGUUCCUUUCUGAUCAUAUCGCCGUUUUCUUAAUUUCAUUCAUCGCUGACCCAACAAUCGCUGUUCCUUCUUUCAUCGCCAUUUUAAUUGAAGUUCGUGAGAGAGACGCAAUCGAUCAAUUGAAGUUCCUUACUUGGUUCAUCGCUCACUGAUCCAUUGCUUUCAUUUCAUUCCAUUCAACAAUCAAUUUGGUAAAGUUUUCUUCUUUCUUUAAUUUCUUCUUUUCUUUCUUUCUUUAAUUUCAUCGAUUACUUAUGCAAUUUGUUUAUUCAUUGUUGAUUUUCAGACUCAUUCUUCCUUCUACUUUCUACCCUCUUCACUCACUCACUCUUACUUCCAUUAUUAUUCAUUACAAUCCAUUCAUUCAUUCAUUCAUUAUUCCAUUUCAUUCAUUCAUUCAUUCAUCGCAAAUAUGAACCUUUUCACUACUAACAAUCCAUCAUUCCCCGCUGGGCUUAGAGUACUUGCAGUCGAUCAUGACACCUACGAUUUCUACACUAUUCACCACAUUUGCAAUCAAUUACACUAUCAAGUUACAUCAUGCUCUACCAUUUCUCAAGCAAAGCAGCUCUUGUCGACAUCACAUUUCGACAUCAUACUCGUCGAAACUCAUAUUCCACAGCAAGAUACUUAUGCAUUUGUUCAACAAGUGACUUCACAUUUGAAAAUUCCGGUGAUUAUGAUGUCGCUUGAUAACCGAACCUGUUCUGUUAUGGAUUCCAUUUCCAACGGGGCUUGUAGUUACUGGGCCAAACCACUGGAUGAAAAUCUAUUCAAAAAUAUGUGGCAACAUGUCGUGCGGCAACAUCUAGUGCAAAAGGAAAGCGAGGCUAAAGGGGUUAAAAAGCGAGGAAGAGAACAUCUAGUGCAAAAGGAAAGCGAGGCUAAAGGGCUUAAAAAGCGAGGAAGAGAUGAUGAGGUUCAUGUUUCUAAACAACCUCCGGCAAAGAAAGCUCGUUUCUCUUGGACAGAUGAUUUGCACCAAAAAUUUGUGUCGGCCGUGAAUCAUCUUGGGAUUAAAAAAGCAAAGCCUAAAAAAGUUCUGAAGAUCAUGGAUUGUCCUGGCUUGGAAUUACAGCAUGUAGCUAGUCAUUUGCAGAAAUAUAAAAUGUAUUUAGAUGGUGGGAUAAAAAAUUCAAAGAUGAAUCAGAAGAACAAUGAAACACAAGCACAGGAUCAAGAAAUUGAUGAAACCGAAGUAUUUUUUAGCUUGACUGAUUUUUUCCCCGAUCUUAACGAUGAUGAUAUACACAAUAACAACUAUGCUGUUUCAGCUGAGAGCAUUGAUUCCCCUAGCACCUCUCUUCCACAGCUUGGGCAAUAUUCAAUGACACCACCUGAUCAAUGUGACGAUUCCGACAUAUUUUCUAAUUUGACCGAUUUAUUCCCCAAUCUUAACAAUGAGAUACACAAUGGGAUGUGGUGACUAUAAAGAAGGCAACAUUGAAUAUCUCAUUCCACCUUCACGACAUUUGUUUCUAUUUUAGUCAUAGUUAGUAUAUCAAUUAAGCUUUAGGCUUAUGUUUUGUAACAAGGGCACUAUUAUAAAAGGCCCAUUUCUGUGUUUUGUUCAUAUUGAAUCAAUAAAAAUAUUUUUUUUU